GUAAAUUAAACAUGAGCAUUUAGUCCUUUUUGACAUUUACUCGUGAAUAAGAGAUCUGUGUUAUAUUAAGAGAUCUGAGGGGGUGCUUUUCACGGCAGGGGUGCUUAAUACGGCUCAACACCGGCUUAGCAAAGUGCUACCGUUAACAGAUAACUGAAACCGUUAUGUGACAGUUUAUGUGACGCGCAACGUCAACAAACUGAAUGCAGAGAACAGUCGCGUGAUAGUUACCGAAUCAACUAUUAACGCUAAAUACUUUUAAUUAUUAACGCAAAGUCAAAACGUCCAAUGAACCCAAUACGCUAAGCUAGCUAACGUUAAAGUAACGCUACGUUUGUCAUAAUCUUUGAUGUGACCGACGCCUGGCCGGCAGAGUCACUGAAAUAAACAAUUUAGCCUAAUUGAAGCCAGGUGACAGCUGGUCUUUCCCACUUCUCUCUAGCGACUUACACAUUAGCUGUGGUGCCCAAGGUGGCCAAAAUCUCCUCACUCACAAGUUUGGCAGCACUGAUAGCUCUGAAGCCCUGAAAGAUGACAUCCAGGCAGGAAGAUGUGAGUGUUGGCCCUGGGGUAUUUAAGGUCCUUGGGACAAGGCAGCUGAAGUCCAGCCUGAAGAACAGCAGCGUCAAUGAUUGUUCUGCUACAUCUGGCUCUGAAGGAGCACAUGGAAGACUCCCUAGCUCCAGGAUCAGUACACCUGACCAAGCCCAGACAUUACACUUUGAUACCAUAGUUCAUGAGGUCCAAGACCUUGAUGAAAAUAAAGACAAACUUGAGAAAUGCUUUGAAAACUUGAAAUGCUGCCUCCAACAAGACUACACAGCAGUUGAGGAUGCCCUUCGAGAGCAACUAUACAGGAGUAAAGAUUUAGAAGAACAGCUUAAUGACUUCACAGAACUGUACCAGAAUGAAAUUCUAAACUUGAAAGAGGAACUAGCCAGCAUGGAAGAGAAGAUUGCUUAUCAGUCUCAUGAAAGAGCAAGAGACAUUCAGGAGGUGCUGGAGGCAUGUCAGACACGCAUCUUCAAGAUGGAGCUGCAGCAGCAACAGCAGGUGGUCCAGCUUGAAGGUUUGGAGAAUGCCACAGGACAGCCUCUUGUGGGAAAACUGAUCAAUGUGCUGCUGGUUUUUAUGGCAGUUAUUCUAGUAUUUGUGUCCACAGUGGCCAACUGUGUCAUGCCCUUUAUGAAAACAUACAAUCACACGCCUUCUACAUUGCUGUUUGUAAUCCUCUUCUCCCUCCUCUGUUGGCACUGGGAGACCAUUUCAGAGUAUCUGAAACUGCCAUUUUUGUCCUGAAAAUAAAACUUGUCAUGUC